AUGGACUGGGACCUCAAGAUGCCGCCCGGGGCAUGGGACCUCGCCGAGCUGGAGCACGACGCCGCCGCCGCGCCCGCGGGCGGGCCGGCGUCGGCGGGUGGCAUUGGUAAUGCCGCCGGCGGGCGGCCGGAGUGCUCCGUGGACCUGAAGCUCGGCGGGCUGGGCGAGUUCGGCGCCGCCGCGGACAGUCGCGGCAAGGUGCCUGCGCCCGCGGUGGCCUCCGCGUCGUCGUCGCCCGGCGCGUCCAAGCGGCCGCGCGCGAUGUCGAGCGGCGCUGGGCAGCAGCAGCAGUGCCCGUCGUGCGCGGUGGACGGGUGCAGGGCGGACCUGAGCAAGUGCCGCGACUACCACCGGCGGCACAAGGUGUGCGAGGCGCACUCCAAGACCCCCGUGGUCACCGUCGCCGGCCGCGAGAUGCGCUUCUGCCAGCAGUGCAGCAGGUUUCACCUGCUUACCGAAUUUGACGAGGCAAAGCGCAGCUGUAGAAAGCGCCUGGAUGGGCAUAACCGUCGUCGGAGAAAGCCGCAGCCAGAUACCAUGAAUUCUGCAAGUUUUAUGACAAGUCAACAAGGUCACUUUUUCCUACUCCAAUUGACAUUGUCUUGUAAUGCAGGAACAAGGUUUUCGUCAUUUCCAACCCCAAGAUCGGAGCAAAACUGGUCAGGGAUCAUUAAAACUGAGGAGAGCCCAUAUUACGCACAUCAAAUCCCUCUAGGCAUCGGCAACAGGCAGCAGUUUGUUGGCUCUACAUCUACUUUUGCCAAAGAAGGACGGCGCUUUCCUUUCCUACAGGAAGGCGAAAUAAACUUCGCCACAGGCGUGGUGCAUGAGCCUUCAGUUUGCCAACCCCUCCUCAAGACUGUAGCUCCUCCCGAGAGCAGUAGCAGCAGCACCAAGAUGUUCUCUGAUGGGCUGACUCCGGUGCUCGACUCGGAUUGUGCUCUCUCUCUUCUGUCAGCUCCAGCAAACUCCUCCAGUAUCGAUGUUGGCCAGAUGGUCCAGGAGACCGAUCACAUCCCCAUUGCCCAGCCUCUGUUCUCUAACCUGCAAUUCGGCAGCUCAUCCUGGUUCUCACGCUCUCAGGCUUCAACCGGUGCCGUGUCGGCGACGGGGUUUUCUUGCCCCGUGGCAGGAAAUGAGCAGCAGCUGAACACUGUCCUAAGCUCGGACAACAAUGACAUGAGCUACAACGGGAUAUUUCAUGUCGGCGGCGAAGGCUCCUCGGAGGGCGCACCGCCGUCUCUGCCCUUCCCUUGGCAGUAGUUUUCACUAGCUGUUCUUGCGUGCUUACAGUAGAGUUCCUCUCUUCUCCCUAGUGAUCAGCAUUGUUUUUGUUCAUUCUGCACCAUUCCUUUUCUUUUCUUUUCUUGUAUUCAUUUUACUCGCAAGCAUUCGUGUGGACUAAUUCGGCAUAAAUUGCUGAUCGAAAUAUUUCCGCAUCAUGGUGUCAGUUUUCAA